AUGGCUAGUCAGGCUCGACGUCGCCGCCACGAGGACUUCCAAAUCGCCGUCAUUUGCGCUCUACCCCUCGAAUACGAUGCCGUUGUUUUCGCCUGCGAUGAGAUAUGGGAGGAAGAUAAAGAACAGCUAUCAAAUGCAUCAGGAGACUACAACACGUACAGCACCGGCCGCGUAGGACCACAUAACGUCGUCCUGCUUCUCCUCCCUGGCAUGGGGAAAACUAACGCAGCCGGCGCUGCAGCCAGUCUUCGAUCGACUUACCCUGGGAUCAAGCUCGCCAUCUUGGCUGGCAUUUGCGGCGGAGUGCCUGGAGUCGGGACGAACAACGAAGUCUACCUAGGGGAUGUGGUUAUCAGCAAGAGCAUUAUGCAAUACGACCUGGGCCGAAAGUAUCCAAACCAAUUCAAUUCGAAAGAUACAGUUGAAGACAGACUAGGAAGGCCUAAUAAGGAAAUUCGUUCCCUUGUUGCGGCCUUGGAAACGCUUCAUGGUCGCAGCAGUCUGCAGCGCCGAGCCAGCCAGGUCAUGGAGCAGAUCCGGCAAAGGGCAGUUGACGAAGGACAUCAGAGCCUUUAUAAACGCCCCAUCGCAACAGAAGAUCGCCUUUUCGAGCCGGAAUACCUUCACAGACACCGUGAUGGUCACAGCUGUGAAUGCAGUGAAUCGAAAGCCUGUGAAAAAGCUCUUACUACGUCUUGCGACGUACUUCAGUGUGACUACUCUCGUCUCGUGGUUAGAAGCCUCCCUGACGUGCAGACAUUACAGUUGCAAGGGCAGACAGACGACAGCAUGGUAGCGCGACAGGUUAGGAUACUAGUCGGACGCAUGGGGUCAGGCGACACAGUAAUGAAGUCUGGACUAGAUCGUGACAGGAUUGCUGAAGAGCAUGAUCUUAUUGCUUUUGAAAUGGAAGGGGCCGGAGUAUGGGACGAGAUUCCCUGCAUCAUCGUCAAGGCAGUUUGUGACUAUGCAGACAGUCAUAAAAACAAAAAGUGGCAGCAUUUUGCUGCAGCAACCGCGGCUUCAACGACAAAGGCACUUCUCGAGCGAUAUUCACAUAUGGAUAGUCUGUCAACUUCACAGACAUGGUUCCUUGUUCCGUACAUCGAGAACCCAGACUUUAUUGGGCGAUCACAAACUCUCGAUCAGAUCAAACGGCUUUUUGGGCACGAACAGCAAUUCGACCAAUCUCCAAAACCGAGGUCAAGGGUAGCGCUCUAUGGGCUUGGGGGUAUCGGGAAAACGCAGAUCGCCCUCGCUUAUGCGCUUUGGCUGCAACGCGACCACCCCGAUGUUUCCGUUUUUUGGGUCCAUGCGAGCAACGCAGAUCGAUUUCGUCAAGGGUACAUCGCUAUUGCUCAAGAGUGUAAUAUCCCUGGACGUGACAAUUCUGAAGCUGAUGUGCUCAUGCUUGUCAAGACUUGGCUUGAAAAAGGAAUCCGAGGUCGGUGGCUCAUGGUCAUUGAUAACGCCGACGAUACACAACUGUUUUUCCCGUCCUCGUCACCAGACGGUAGCACCAACACACAUUCAACAACCGAAAAGCCAGGUGGCCUAGGGCGAUAUAUCCCUGAAUGCGCUCAUGGUUCUAUUCUCAUCACAACAAGAAACAAACAAGCUGCGCUAAGAAUUGCGCGAAGCAACCCACUCCUCAAAAUCGAAGGAAUGAGUGACAACGAGACAAAUCAGUUACUAAACACAAUGCUCGACGACGAGGUUCACACCGACGAGGCAUCCGAUCUCUCUAAGCGGCUUGAGCAUCUUCCACUAGCUCUUGCGCAAGCUGCCGCAUUCAUCCAAGAGAACACCAUUUCAAUCUCCCAAUACCUUCAGCUCUUGGAAGAAAGCGACGAAAGCUUAGUAAAUCAAUUGAGCGAGCCUUUUGAAGCAGUUGGCAGAGACUCUGAGACACCGCACGCACUCACAUCUACGUGGAUAGUCUCUUUCAAUCAGAUACAGCAACAAGAAGCUCUUGCCAGCGACGUUCUAUCUUUCGCCAGUCUCUUAGACCGUCAAGGCAUUCCUGAAGAGUUCAUAGUUCACUUCUGCAACCAAAGAGAUACGGACGAACAACAGAUGAGCACGAGCAAGGUCACCAAGGCCGUUGGCGUACUCAAGGCUUUCUCAUUCGUAUCGCAGGCGAAGGACAACGCAAUCACUAUGCAUCGGCUAGUACAGCUGGUGACACGAAAAUGGUUAGAGACCCAAAAGAGAUUGGCCAGCUAUGCGGAACAAGCGCUUGACAUAGUCUCCAACUUAUAUCCGUUUGGGAAACACGAGAAUCGACAGGUUUGCCAGGAAUACCUUCCCCAUGCUAAUGCUGUGCUUCAAAACAAGGGGACCGAUUCUCGUGAUGAGCGACUUGCGAAAGCCUUGCUUUUACACAAUGUAGGGGCCUAUUUUCGAUAUCGUGGCCAGUGGAAACAGGCAGAACUGAGUGCUACUCAAUCUACGGGAUUAUGGGGCGAGAUCCUCGGUGACCAACAUCUCCAUACAGUAGCUGGCAUGACUGAACUGGCAACUACAUACCGGGACCAAGGGCGGUGGAAGGAGGCAGAAGAGCUAGACGUGCAGGUAUUAGAGACGAAGAGAAGGGUGCUUGGGGAUGAACAUCCCAAUACGCUUAGGAGCAUAGCUAACCUAGCGUCUACAUACUGGGACCAAGGGCGGUGGAAGGAGGCAGAAGAGCUAGAAGUACAGGUAUUAGAGACGAGAAGAAGGGUGCUUGGGGAUGAACAUCCCAAUACGCUUGUUAGCAUAAGUAACCUAGUGUCUACAUACCAGGACCAAGGGCGGUGGAAGGAGGCGGAAGAGCUACACGUGCAGGUAUUAGAGACGAAGAGAAGGGUGCUUGGGGAUGAACAUCCCAAUACGCUUGUUAGCAUAAGUAACCUAGCGUCUACAUACUGGAACCAAGGGCGGUGGAAGGAGGCAGAAGAGCUAGAAGUACAGGUAUUAGAGACAAGAAGAAGGGUGCUUGGGGAUGAACAUCCCGAUACGCUUUUUAGCAUAGGUAACCUAGCAUCUACAUACUGGAACCAAGGGCGGUGGAAGGAGGCAGAAGAGCUAGAAGUACAGGUAUUAGAGACGAAGAGAAGGGUGUUUGGGGAUGAACAUCCCGAUACGCUUAGGAGCAUAGGUAACCUAGCGUCUACAUACUGGGACCAAGGGCGGUGGGAUGAGGCGGAAGAGCUAGAAGUACAGGUAUUAGAGACGGAGAGAAGGGUGCUUGGGGAUGAACAUCCCGAUACGCUUAUUAGCAUGGCUAACCUAGCCCAUACAUGGAAAAGCCAGGGCCGGCAGGUCGACGCAAUCCAGUUAAUGCGCGAAUGCCUUGGGAUUCGGCAACGCGGCCUUGGAGUUGAUCAUCCCGACACCAUUUCCUCGCUCUCGAAUCUCAAAAAGUGGGAAAAAGACCUGAUACAAGUUUAUAAAAUGGCUGUCGGGAAGAAACGACUCAUGUUCAAAGUUCCGAUGCGGAAUAGGCGAGUCAGAUUUAAGCACGACAUAUUUCCACGAUAG